AUGUCUUCCAGCCGUAUGCGCAUCCUCCACCUAUGCUCCUGGUGGAUCCUGCUCACGCGUAUGUCAGGAACGGCGGGUUUGGAACCGUCGGACAAGAUAUGGUCCCUCUUCAUUGAUGAUGCGAGGAAGUUCGAUGAAACUCGGAUGCAACGUUGGAAGGGAGAUGCAGAUGGGAUCCUGAUCUUCACCGGUCUCUUCGCCGCGACCGUUGCCAACUUUCUCGUCGACAGCGGACUACCCAUGUUGCCCCCCGACUCCGGAUCGCAAAGUGUCGACCUUCUUGCAGACAUCUUGGCUGUCCUUUCGAACAAUACAAGUCACACGAAUCCUCUUUCCCCUCCAGAGCUUCCAGAUACCGCCACAUCGGGUUCUGGUCUCUGGAUCAAUGCUUUGUGGUCAAUCAGUCUCUUCAUAUCCGUCUUCUGCGCACUUUCCGCCACUCUUAUCCAACAAUGGAUCCGGGACUACACACACGACGUAUACAGGCGCGGCCAUGUGAGCGUGCGGGGUCCCAGCUACGUGAUCCUGUCACUCGGUGUCGAGAGGUUCAAGAUGGAGCACGCUGUAGCAGCAAUCGUGACUCUCAUUCAUGUUUCAGUCGCAUUAUUCUUUGCCGGCUUUCUCGUAAUGGUGUUCACCCUCAACCGGGCCGUCGCGUCUUCUCUCACUUUCUUCGUUGCUCUGGGGGGUGUCGCCUACACCCUUCUUAGCGCCAUGUCGAUUGUAUGGCCCGAUACUCCAUACCGAACGCCUCUUACACCACUCCUCUACGUGGUCGCGCAAUACUGCGUGUACGGGCUCACAGUAACCUAUCGGGCUUGGUGUCGGUUUACGCUCUAUUGGAAGCUACGAUGGAAUGCGUGGAACGCCAGUCACGGCGGGCGUAACAAUCGUAUGGAGAUCGUGUACAGCUAUCGCAUAGACAUCGAUGCGCCCGUGGAGCCCGUGCAACUGAACUUCUGGAAGACUCGUCUGGGCUAUAUUGAUCAGGGUUUUCAAUCCUGGGAGCCUGAGCUAUGGCGUAGACGAUUUUCUUACAUGAUGACUCAGAUAUAUGCAUCCCUCGACAGGAUGGAGGACACCGAGGAGUUUUGGCUCGCAGUUGCCCCCCAUCUGAUGGGCUAUCGGACCACCCUGAACUCCUUCUCCAGCCAAAUUGCACUAUUGCUGGUGAAGGAUCUGAGCAUCUUUCAGCAUUCGAGACGCAUGAUCGUCAGAUGUAUCAGAGGGGAUCUUUCCGAAGACCCCGGAUGCGAAAGCACGAGCAUCUGGAACAUGGGUGUCGCGUUCGCGCUCGUGUGCAGUGUUCUUCGCACCGUCUUCAGGCGUAACAAUUUCGAACUGCGAGCCGUUAGCCCGUCUCAUAGACAUCCGAGGCCGACGGCUAUCUUGGAUCCUAUCAGCGAUACGAUCUACUACUACUUCGCGGAAACUCGCAUAGCCGAGCUAGCUUCGUAUAAGUUCGCGACGUCCCCAAGUCUAGGUUUGCGUGCGAAGUUCAUUCUAGACUGCUUCAGGCUUGCGCUUCGGGCGGACAUACUGGCCAUCAGAUUAUUGGACGCCCCACGAAUUGGGCUCUAUCACAAGCAUACCAACGUGAUACACAAUCAAGUUUGGCAAUACCAGGUUGACGAGCCCCUGGACCCUUCCCCAUUCUCUAGAGAUUGGUCGAUCGUGGAUGAAGCAGGCUUCAGUUGGGUAGCCAACGCCAUCGUCGCCAACGCUUUGAAGUUUGCUUGGGACCUCAUACAAUAUCCUCGGACCGAGAUGGACAAUGCUGAUUUUGGCGCCUCAGACGCAGAGCGCGUCAGUCUGAUGGAGGAGCAUUUCGGCAUUUGGGUUGUUCCUAUGCAUGAGGUCGUCUCGGAAGCCGUGUCCUUACUCCGCGGGCGUAGCUUUUCCAACCCACCUUACAUCGGGACUUCCGAGGAUUGGCUAUCGCCAAAGCACUACCCCCAGCUCGAGAAGAUCCUCGCACAGAUGCAUCUUGAUCCACACCCCUUCAGUGAAGCAGAUGACGAGGAUGGCCGGCCGGAUACAGACCCUAAUGCAUGGGAUUAUGAUGAGGACAGAUAUCGGCCACCCGUCGCGCCGUAUGACGAGUACUUCUCUCAGUGGCCGCUUUUGCGCAAUCAUUUCAUAGCGCUCGUCAGGGAGCUUCUUCGGAAUCCCGUUCCUAUACAAUCAGGGCCUAUAACUGUACGACCAGAGCCUUGCAUUCAUGCGGAAGAUUCCUCGGCGUACUCGACAGCUCAAGAGCAUCCCGAACAUUCCGAAGGAAAUGGCGAGGAGAGGGCCAUCAACGGCCUUUACCUUGGUCCAGGCGAGGAUGGUUCGCGCAUUGGACAAGCAGAACCAGUUGAUGGUCAUGCGUCUUCUGAGCCACCAGUCGAUCCACGGGAAGACCCAGAGAAUUGGUUUUGA